GGCCAACUCAACGUGGUUGAAGAAGAGCAAGUGGUUUUUGUUGACAUUUGGUAGUCGGCAGCAGUGGAGAAAGUAAACAAUUCAGAAUAGACUGUUCACCGUCUGUGUGAUCAAGGUUCAUUGCCAAAUCGAAGUGACCGUUGAUCAGCACAAUGCCUAUUCCGUUUCAGAAUUAUUUCACGGCACCAGAUGUGGAGUGGGUUGGAGUGGGAGAGCUCCACCAAGGCCAAGGAAGACGACAGCUCACAAAACAUUACAGGCAGUUUACUUUAGACGGCGAAACAUACAGUAUUGGAGACUGCAUCCUGAUCUCAAAAACAGAAAUAAUUUCAGCAUCGGGGGAUGAGGACGAUUGCUAUAUUGCAAUAAUUGCAGAUCUCUUUGAAAAAGAGCUUGUGUACAAUCGGGCAGAGGUGCAAAAGUUUGCCGAGGUUCACUGGUACUGGCAGUUGGACGAACUUUCUGUGCAGAUAAAGAAAAUGUUGAAAGGAGAAAAACUGGCAGAGAAGGAAGUCAUCCUAGACCUCAGCAACAAGUUUGAAAGAAAUGUGGAUUUAAGCACUAUUCAAGGAAAAUGCAAGGUUCGUCAUAUCAAAUGCAAGGAGCCGAAUUUCAACUUUUCGGAGAAGGAAAAUGAAGAUGAUGACAACAACAAUGAACCUCGUAAAGUUUUUUUUACAAGAAAAUUUUUCAAUGGCAAGUCAAUCGUACCGAUUACUGGGGAUGAAGUUCUAGAUUCAUCUUCUAUCAAAACGUCAACUCCAAACAAAUCUGCUAGUGAACUGAAGAGACUGGCUAAAUCAGCAGGCACCCCGAAAGGGAACCAUUAUAGUCCCAAUGGAAAAGUGGCUUCCAACAAGAAUGAGCGCAAAUCUUCAGAACACUCCACCCCAGACCUGACUCCAAAUGGAAACAGCGGACGAAAGAAAAGCUCUGUUUACACAGCUCUGAUAACCCCAAAGAAGUUUGUCCAGCGUCUGUUCAAAAUGAACAAAAGUAACAAAAGUGACAAAACUGACUUGUCCUCCUCCAAACUUAUGUCUCUUGAGAAAGAAAGAUUGAAAAAAGCUGAAAGCUCUCCUCUUGACAAAAUGGCAAGACUGAACCAGAAGGCUGUGGUCAGUAUGAUCAUGAAUGAAAGUGAUGACGAGAACGAUGAGAGUGUGGACACGGCUUCUGUCACCUCGAAUGUAACUUCUCUUGACGAAGUUGAUGGCGGAGAUGUUUGUGCUAGUGUUGGGUGGAAACAGAAGGGUGCUGGGAUGGCAAGGGCUGUCACCAAAUGUGAGAGGAGGGGAAAACGAAGGAGGGAAGAUGAGAGUGAUUCUGAUGACGAAGGUGAUGAUCACGGUAGCGAUGAUGAAAGUCAAAGGGGCAGAACUAACGGCAAAAGACAGAAAAUGGACAUAAGUGCUGAUGAAUAUGAGGACAAAAGUCGAAAAGGUAAAGUAGGAAUUGACUCCCGGAAAAAAGGCUUGGUGAGGAGCCAAACGGAGAGGGGAAAAAGAGCCCCAAAAGUGACCAUUCGUAGAUUUUCUGGUGAGAGGUACAGCGCCUCACUGUCACCCCCUGACAAACAGUCCAAGUCUCCGUCACGCAACAAGUCUGCUAACUCAAGCAAAGACACUCCAGGACUCUCCCUACCCUCUAGUCUUGUUCUAAAACUGAACGGUUCGUCCUCCAAAGUGAGCGUGAAGAACUCUCCAACUGUCUCGAGACUGACUGGUUCCCCGUACAGACGCAAGUCGAUAUUCGAAGCACCGGAAGGCGAUGAUCUUGUAAAGACACCACAAGCCAAACGUAAGGGUUCCGACAAAACGCCAGACAGUUUGGAGGGUGGCAGGAGGCGACUGUCUGUGAACUUGUUUAGGUUAGAUUCCCCAGGUUUUGUGGAGAAAGUGCUCAACCAGACACCUUCGGGAAGAGGGAAAAGCCCGAUGAAGAAGCAGCGGCACGAGUUGCCUUCAAUCGGCGAUGACGACUCUGAGCAUGUUUUUGCUGACGACAUCCCUGCUCGGUUCUCGGGUAUUUUCAUUGACUCCAGUCCCCGUAAAUCUAGCGGCAGAACCCACAGAGUUCCCUUGAGGUUCAGAGAUGACUUGGACGAUGAUAGGGAAAGCAGCGGUUCAAGAACCCCAGCCAAGAAAGAAUCGACUCCGUCCAAAAAGAUGGCCUCAAAGGAUGGGGCGACGCCCACAAAAAUGGCAACGCCCACCAGAAUGGUAACACCCACUAAAUCAUUGACCCCUAAGAGGACUCUCUCGGACUACAGAACCCCACCUCGUGGGAAUGUGGAUACCCCUAAAUUGUCUGCAAAUCGUGGGACUCCGAGGAGGGCGGCUGCCACGAGGGUUAAGUCGUAUGCUGAUAUGAGUCUUCCCAAUGACGAUGAGACGGGGUCCCCAGUGGCCAAAGGAAACAACUCUAAGUCGUCCAAAGUGAACAGAAACCAAAGGAUUGUAAGACUAGAUGAAGAACUUGAUGACAGCGACGCUGAUGCUGACUACAUUGAAGAGAAGAAUGUCAGCGAAGAGAGUGAUAGCGACGUGGAGGCUGGUCAAGAUGAGGAUUAUGCUCAGAAAAAGAAAAAGAAAACGACUCAGAAACGAAUUUCAUCUGUGAAGAAGACUCCAUCGCGCACACCUCAAAGACAUACACCUUCUAGUCAUCGCAGCCGUGCAAGCAGCAGAACCCCGCAGAUCCCAUCCAGAAGUGGGCCCAAAGCCACGCCUGGCAAUGACCUUGAGGAAGCUCGGGCAAGGUUGCACGUGUCAGCAGUUCCGGACUCUUUACCGUGCCGUGAGAAGGAGUUCUCCGAUAUAUUUGGUUUUGUGGAGAGCAAAAUAUUGGAUGGCACUGGAGGAUGUAUGUACAUCUCGGGAGUUCCUGGCACUGGAAAGACGGCCACAGUCAAGGAAGUGGUCAAUAUUUUACAGUCCGAGCGAGACGAGGGCAACCUGGCAGAUUUCACAUUCAUCGAAGUGAACGGCAUGAGACUGACCGAGCCGAGGCAGGCGUAUGUGGAGAUUCUCAAGGCCUUGACGGGGCAGAAGGCAACUGCGGAACACGCCUCAAACUUGCUGAACAAAAUGUUUACGAGUCCCGGUCCUCGCUCGGUGCCUGUGGUGCUUCUGGUGGAUGAGCUGGACCUGUUGUGGACUAGGAAGCAGGAUGUGAUGUACAACAUUUUUGAUUGGCCGACGAAGGAAAAAGCCAAGCUGAUCGUUCUCGCAGUGGCCAAUACCAUGGACCUGCCAGAGCGUAUGAUGAUGAAGCGGGUCGCCAGCAGACUGGGUUUGACCCGGAUGACAUUCCAGCCUUACACGUUCCGGCAGCUAGAGGAGAUUGUUGCCUCUCGUAUGAAAGGACUGCGGGUGUUUGAUGGUGACGCUAUACAGCUGGCUGCCAGGAAGGUAGCAGCCGUUUCUGGAGAUGCACGCCGCGCCCUUGACAUUUGUCGCAGGUCGACAGAAAUAGCCGAGUUGAGGAGCGAGGAGGAAAACAUCGACAGCCCGAUGGUCACAAUGGGAGACAUCAACAAAGCUGUAGAAGAAAUGUUCUGCUCGCCCAAGAUUGUCGCAAUUAAAAAUCUGUCCGUCCAAGAGCAGAUGUUCCUAAAGGCGAUCGUAGCAGAGUACCAGAGGGCUGGCAUAGAGGAGGCGGAGUUUAAAAAACUUUACGAUCAGCAUUUGACCCUUUGUCGAUUUGAAGGAGUCCACGCCCCUACGAUGACAGAGCUGGCCGCGAUGUGCUACAGGUUGGGCAGCAUCCGACUGCUCCUGAUCGAGGCCGGCCGGCUUGACCUUUGCAUGAGGGUCAGGCUCAAUGUUAGCCAAGACGACGUCAUGUACGCUCUACGAGAGGAUGAGGGAAAUCGAUCGUUCUGAGGUUUGGACGAUAUGGCAUGGAAAGAGAAGCGGGUUUUGACUCAGGUUUGGGCCUGGUUGUGGGGACUUUGGUUCCUGUGGACUUUGGGUUUGUCAUUGGAAUUUAAUGCCUUUAUGCAUCAUGUUAAGGGUCAUCGGUAUACUAAUGGCAUCUGUUGUGUAAAGGUUAGGUGCUUCGCUGUCCCAUGCAGAAGACCUGAGUUUGAUUCCUGGGUGGGGAGAAUUCUUUUUGAGUACCUUGGUCUUUCUGCUGGGAUGUUGUAUCCCUCUCAGUUCAGAUUUGGAAUGACCGCUUGUCUCCUAAAUGAUAGAAAUUGUGUUAAUGGGGGCAUGAAAAACACUAAAGUAAAAAAAAAAGAAAAGACAAAUGGUUAGGCUCCUGCACGCUUAAUCGUGAGAUUACUGGUGUUUUGGGGUUCAUGGCUCAGUUUGGUUCAAUUUUUUUGUCCUUUGGAAAGGCUCUUUACACCAAUUUUCUCAUUGGGCUUUGUCCUAUCAGAGAUGGACAUUAAAUUCGGAGGUCUCGCCUGUUAAAUAAGUUGCAAGGGGAAUUUAAAAAAACUAUACAUUUUUGGAUUGUGAGGUAACUUGCAUACGUCAAUAAUUUGUACAGACAUUGCCAAAGAUGGUAAAUUAAGUACAGACUACAUCUGUGAGUACUCAUGGAAAAUUCUCCUUCUGCGUGCCAUUAAAAGAAUAUGAUCUUGAGCCUAUUUCACAAUAUCUGUGCCUUAAAAAGAGUAACCUAGCUGUGGUCAUUUCUCUUCAUGAAUUGAAUUUUUUCCAUGGGAUGGCUUGAAUCGGCUAUGAAAUCCCUCUUACUAUUCCCAUGUUAUGUCAUGUUCAUUGGAAUUGCUUUUUCCAGAAUCUACUUUUUCAGCUCGGAAAUAUUUUUGUUUUUUUCUCCCCCCAGACAGUGGGAAAUGAUGUGAAACUUGGUCUUGUUAUUCCAUGCUUGGUUGUCUCUCUCAGAAACUUGUAAACACUCCGAUAUAAUUGUUGACAACACAAAAAGGUUCCACCUUUGAGUCAGAAUUCUGUUUAGCUUCCUCUGUCUGUGUGCUGAGGCCUGAAAGAGUUCUCACUCGUUCAGUGUGUGUUGUGGCAAUCCUUCUGGUUCUUAUCUCGAGAACUUUGAGCUGCUACGCGUGAUUUUUGCUAUUCCAUGCAGUUGUUUAUUUUUGUAUUCAAGGGGACACAAGUGAGAAAUUCCAAACUCUGAAGUCCUGUUGUUUAUGAUAUUAUUAUUGUUGUUUUUGCUAUUAUUAUUUAUUAUUAUUAUUUGUGUCAUGACAUGGAAUCAGGCGCUUAUAUCAAUUUUAUGACGUAUUGGAUUAUUGUAAUCUUGUUCAUUUGUCUUGAUUUUGAUGAAAGAAAUGCACAUCUAUUUUUAAUUGAAGUCAGAAUAUUUACAAUUGAAGGAGAUGGGGGUCGCUAGGUGUCAGAGAUACAAUUAGAGAGAACAUGGCUGGCAAAGUGUAGUGACUCCCAAAGCUUGAAUGUCCCUGAAAACUGAAUUUUUUAAUUUUUUGGUACCUUUAAUCAUUUUUCAGUAAAAUCCGUACAGAACUGUUUGUAUAUGACCGUUUAAGGUGUUGAGCUCUAAAAUAAAAGUUCUAUAAAAAUUGUCGCACUGGCAGAAAAUGUCAGUUUCUCCAAUUUCAUUAUUUUGAUGAGCAGCUGAUUUCACCAUGAUGCAACACAUUAUUUCUAUUAUCAUUAUUGUUAUUAAAUUUUCUUUUUUCACGAAAGACUUUUUGUCUCAUGUUGAUGGCUAUGCUUAUCAAUGGACUCUUGGUGAAUGUGAAAGUCUUGACUUGUGGUAAAUUUGUAUGUUUUGUUUUAGUAACUGCAAGUGAAUAUGAAGCGAGGGAAAAUUUGUUAGUUAGGUACAGUAUGAAAGUAGCAAGCUGGUUGUUAACGGCAUGGUUUUCUUCAUGACAUCCUGUUUUUGUGUACUCAGCGGGACUGUUGUAUCAGAUACGGUUAUUCUCCCAGGCUUUAUCCUGGUGACCUCUAUGUUGGUUUAUUUGUCUAAUUUAUUUAAUUAAUUUUUUGUCAUUGCUCGUUCCACAUGUCAAGGUUGUUGUUUGUCCAGGGGUGUUUGGAGGAUGCUGUUGGUAGGUCAAACUUCUGUCUUUUGCUUAUGAGCACUAAAUGAUCAUUAUUGUUUCAAUGUUUUUCUUUUCUAAAAAGACAGAAUGUUUGAAAUGUUGAAUUGUAAUCUGGUAUAUGUUACGUUCAAAUCCACUUUGUUCUCAUUUUGGCAGUUUUUUAGCGAGUAUGUCUGAUUUUUCUUUGUCCGUAAGGUGUUAAGUGAGGCAGUGGGAUAUGGAGGGAUGUUGGUAUCUCGGAUGAACUAGUCUGAGUAGUGUGAGAGAUGUGUUCACCUCUUGUGUUCACCUCUUGUGUUCAAUGCCAAUGUCCUUGCCAAAGAUUUGCUCAGUGUGGUUUUAUUAAUUGUGCUUUUUGUGAAUCGCUGUUUGAAGAUAGCAAUGGGAAAACAAAGUAACAAACAUUUUUAGGUUUUUCAGAAAAUCAAAUCUAAAGUUUCAGAAUACUCCUGUACUUUUUGUUUUUUGUGGAAAUGUGCCCUCAUUUAGGAAGUCUCAAACGCAGGAUCAAUUGUUUUGCUCUGUUUGAUUGAUUGUGUACACUGACGACCCCCCCCCCCCAACGCAAGCCUUUGAAAAUUUUUAAAAAAGAUUUUGGCUUAUAUAAUUUUUGGGAACUUGUUGAAUUCCUGAUUUGAGCCACCCAGUUUCAUAUGUUCUAAUGAAUUGUCCCUUUUCAUUUUGUGAAUGAAUUAACAUAGAUCUAAUAAAUUUCUGAAAUUGUGAAUUCAAGUGGUGCACGAUAAAGUCCUCGAUAGGCAGUGGUUGUGUAUGAUAGAUCAUGAAAGUAGUGCUCAUGCUUCAACUAUGCAAUAGCUUUCAGUUUGUGACUUUAAUCAUUUUUCCAAUGCUGUUUUCAGUUGCUUUACACAGCUAUAACUCCAUGUGUUUUGGACAGUAUAUGGUUUAGUGUCAUUUUUUUCCUCUAGUAAAAUUUUUUCGGCACUUGCGCAGCACAAAUAGGCCAAUCAUUCAUAUGCCACGGAUGAGAGGGGUUACUAGAGAGUAAAAUACCACGAAAAGGAGGGGGAGAGAUUAGGAUGAUAAAUGUUUGAUAUGUCCAACUUUAAUUUUGCCUCUGCUGUAUCUUUAUCUUAUUGGUCUUAUCUUUCUUCGCCCGGGCACUAAAGGGAAGUUUCUGUGUCACUGUUCUUUUCUUUCCUCAAAGUAAACCAGUAUCAUGUACUAAAACAAGUGAUGUGGUUUCCCUUCCCAUUAUAUUCUGCAAAGUUGUCAUUGGUGCCCGUGGUGUAGUGGUUAGGUUGGGUUUUUUUUGCCAUUGCAUGCAGAAGGCUUGAGUUCCAUUCCUGUGUGAGGA